CGGGGUCCCCGGGGCACAUCCCGGCCACUCUCCCAGAGCAGAGGCCGGGAGCGGGCAGCCAUGCACCCCCGCUGAGGCCGUGCUGGGAGCCGGCGCCGCGUCCCUGCGUCGGGAUGGAGAAGGACGGCGCGGCCGCGGGCCACAGGAGGCACCGGCCCGGCCCCGGGGCCCUGCCGGCAGGGGCGGCCGCCGGGCACGCCAGGACAGCCGGCGAGGUGGCCGAGCUGCAGAGGAGCCGCAGCGUGGGCGGCCUGCACCAGAAGGGCGACCCUCCCAGCUGCCUCCGGAAGCCGCGCAAGGAGCCGGAGUCUGAGGAUCCGGGGAAAGACCCGCGGAGUGACGUGGAAGACUCCAGCUGCCAGGCGGAGGCAGACGCAGGAGAGAAGGAGGAGGGUGACCUUGCACAGGCAGAGCCCGCGGCGGGAAGAACGGAACCGGAGCCUGAGAAGGGUGGCCCGGAGCCCAGCGCCACGGGGGAGCCGCAGGGCGAGCGCGGCGAGCAGUGUGGCGGGGAGGCCAAGGAGCCGGAGCCUGAGUCCGUGAAGCUGAAGGACCCGGAAAAAGAGGCAAGUGCUCUCUGCCAUGGUGGCACCAGUGGGAUGGGGAGGCCCGUCCAGGCGCCAGUCCCGCCGGCCACGAGCCUGCCACGGACCGUGGCGGGGGUCAUCUCAGCAGGCGGGGAGCUGAAGGGCGGGCCGAGCCCUACGCUCUGUGCCCACGGCGGCGUCCGCGCCUGGCUUGCCAGACGCUGCGGCCACCGGCAGUGCGUGGGGGCUGGGAGGGGGGACCUCGUGUGACCCUGAGACGUGGCAGAGACAUGGCGGUGCUGAGCUGGGCUCCCCGGGCACCCGAUGAGGGAAGGCGGCUUCUAUUCUCCUCCAAGCCUCGUGCAGGGGCAGACACGGAGCUGGCCAGGCUGUGACACAGACGUCCCUGCUCCAACUCUGGCUCUGAGAAGCCCUUCACCCCCCAGACACGUCCCUGGGGUUGGCCAAAGUGCUGCCACCGGGGACACGGUCCAGCCAGCCGAGGUGCCCAGUGAGAGGCCCAGGGCGGCGGCUGAGCCCCGGGGCAUCCACGCCUGGGUGGGAGUCCCGACUACCUGGGUGCCGGUGUGGCCCGUGGUUCCGUGGGUGCAGAAUCCACGCGCCGCCCCGCUGAGCAGGGCUGGGGGAAGGGGUCGCCCCAGCUCUGGGCCUUGCCCCGUGCCCGGAAGCCCUGGUCCCAGAGGGCACGGGUGGAGGGCGCCUUCCAGGCUGCCAGGGCUGUGGUGGGAGGAGAGUGGAGUGGGGCGAGAGGGCUGAGUCCUCCCAGGACAGCUCCCGGUGCUCCCGCCGCCCACGCUCUGCCCCGCACUGUGGCAUCUGGUGGCACUGGUGGCCCUGGUGGCAUCCUCAGGCCGGGCAGCCCCAGGGCGGGAGCCCCGUUCCCCUGGGAAUUCCGCUUUCCUCCCUUGCUCACGCGCGCCCGCCGCCCACCUCUUUGGUUUCCAUUCGCAGAAACCAUCUGUGUUUGUGGAGAUCGACCUGAGAGACCAUGCCGAGGAGGUAAAGACG